AUAGUGCAACUCCAUGUGCAUGUCAUAAAACCCAUCCAGGGCUGCAGGAAGAUGUAGUAAUUGAUAAAUUGAUGAGAAAACCGAAAGAACAAGGGAAAAGUGAGGAACAAUUCUGGAAUAGUGCAUCUUGAUGGUCUCUCUCGUUCACCUUGGCGUGUGUGGCUCCACACGCAAACGACGUUUGCAGGUAACUCUAUCAUUGAAUGGACUUUACAGGUUAGCUGUGGAAUAUUUUGACAGGUCUGAAACCACUGGUUGCUAUAAUUUAUCGUGAGUUUUUUUAUAAAUAUUGAAAUAAGAUUUCUAAGACGUCCCACGAUGACGACUUGGAUCACAGUUACACCUCGGCUCCGAGAAGGUUUAGUCAUUUUAGACCAAAUCAAUUCGGGCAAGCUACGCCUUUUGGCGUCAAGGGUUUGUCAAAACCUGCAAUCUCGCAUCGGAGCUAACACUUUCAGCCAAGAUGAGGAGGAAAAAUUAUCAAUUUCCUUGAAUCUCAGUCCGACGGAUCUUAACUUGCUUCUGGAUACCACAACGCUGAUCUAUAUUCAGGCUGCUUAUCAUAUCGUCAAACCUGCGGCAAUGGAAUCUUACAUGAAGGAUACCUUCAAUAUUCAAGAUGAAAAAAUAAACGUGCUUGUCCAGACAUGGAUGGCACAUGCGAAGGGCAUCGUGGACACACUGAGACAAAAAUCCAUUUUUCCCACGCAGGUUACCGAAAUCAAUUGGAAUCUAAAUGUUCAGUGCUCCUCAACAGCUGUUGCCAAAGACAUGCGGACGCACGGAAUGCUUCAACUCGGUAUAACAGAUAUUUCAGGCAAGGAUUCACCGACGAUGUUAACUAUAGAAGCUGAUAAAACAGGGCUCACCGAGCUCUUUGAUAAUUUAGAAAAAAUUCAACGCCAACUAGAUUCCCUAAAAUGAGCAUUAAUUCCAUGUAUGUGUUUAGAAAAUAAAUGAUUUGGAAACAUGA